AUGGCUGUCGCUCCCUCUUCCGCCAUUUUCCCCCAGAGCCAUGUGGGCUUCGACAGCAUCACGUCCCAGAUCGAGCGCAAGCUCCUGAAGCGUGGUUUCCAGUUCAACGUCAUCUGCGUUGGCCAGACUGGUCUGGGCAAGUCGACUCUGAUCAACACCAUCUUCGCCUCGCACCUGAUUGAUUCCAAGGGUCGCCUCCAGCCCGAUGAGGCCAUCCGCUCCACCACCGAGAUCCAGGCCGACUCUCACAUUAUCGAGGAGAAUGGUGUCCGCCUCCGCCUCAACAUUGUCGACACUCCUGGCUAUGGAGACCUUGUCAACAACGACCGAUGCUGGGAUCCUAUUGUCAAAUACAUCAAGGACCAGCACUCCGCUUACCUGCGCAAGGAGCUUACGGCCCAGCGUGAGCGCUACAUCCAAGAUACGCGCAUCCACUGCUGCCUGUUCUUCAUCCAGCCCUCUGGCCACUCCCUCAAGCCCAUUGACAUUGUCGUUCUCAAGAAGCUGUCCGAUGUUGUCAACGUGGUGCCCGUCAUUGCCAAGGCUGACACCCUGACCACCGAGGAGCGUCAGGCGUUCAAGGAGCGCAUCAAGGAGGAGUUUGCUUUCCACAACCUCAAGAUGUACCCUUAUGACAACGACGAGUUCGAUGAGGAGGAGCGUGCCCUCAACAACCAGAUCAAGGGCCUCGUCCCCUUUGCCGUCGUCGGUUCCGAAAAGUCCAUCAUUGUCAACGGCCAGCAGGUUCGCGGUCGCCAGAACCGCUGGGGCGUCAUUAACGUUGAGGACGAGAACCACUGCGAAUUUGUCUACCUCCGAAACUUCCUCCUGCGGACUCACCUCCAGGAUCUCAUCGAGACCACCUCUCAGAUCCACUACGAGACCUUCCGUGCCAAGCAGCUCCUCGCACUGAAGGAGAGCAGCGCCCACGCGGGAGGCGCCAGUAGACCCAUCAGCCCUGCCGCUGAUCGCGAGCUGAGCCGCAGCUCUCAACGCAUGGCCAUGAACGGAUACUAA